AUGUUGGCACCAGGCUCCAGAAAAUAUGCCUACACGCGGCCCACAUGUGGCCCUUUCCUGCGAUAUGGCAACUGCGACUUCACUGACCCCUUUUCUGCUCAGUGGACUGGCUCUGUGCUGUUCAUCUGCGACACUUCCGUCUCGGCUACCCAUCCUCCCGCUCUUGCAUACAUCGACAACAACACAGAGCGACGCUUGCCUGGACAAAUAAUCGAAACAUUCAUGAAUUAUGAAUUCUGGCGAUUUGACCUGAUGCUGCGGCUGUCCAACCAACAGAGGGCCAUCAAGUACUGGGUGGCGCUGGACCCAGCAUGUGAGGUCACCCUUCCAAGGUGGGAGUUCUUCAUCCCUGGCAGCUGGGACACGUGGCGGUGGGGGGCUUACUCAUGCUCAGGGUUCUCCCUCGGUGUGGAUGAAGAGCUGUGGGGGGGAAAGGACCAGCCGCUGUGGGCAGACCUGCUGCAGCGCCACAAGGCCAAUCCCAUCCAUGCCCUUGUGGGAGGCGGGGAUCAGCUGUACAACGAUGAAGUUUUCGAGAUUCCCCUGGUGAGUGAGUGGCUGGGGAUCAAGGGCAGGGGGGCAAGGCACCGUGCGCCAUUCACUGAGGACAUGCGGGCCCAAGUGGAGCUUUUCUAUUUUGAGCACUACUGCACGCAUUUCAUGGCGACAGGGAUGAGGGAGGCGCUGGCGGCCAUACCCAAUGUGAUGAUGUGGGAUGACCAUGACAUUUUCGAUGGCUGGGGGUCCUACCCAGACGACCUGCUGUGCUGCCCCGUCUUCGAGGGCCUCUACCAGGCAGCCUGCAAGUUCUACCUCCUCUUCCAGCAGCACACGUCCUCCCGCAUGGUGGAGGCCGGGGAGGCCGACCUGUUCGCUGGGUGCGCCCGCAAGGCCUGCGGGCCCCACAGGGCCUACUGCUUCGUGAAGAUGCUGGGGCCGGACGUGGCGCUCGUUGGUGCGGACACGAGGGCCGAGAGGUCCAAGAGGCAGGUGAUGAGCCGGGAGACGUGGGAUGCGGUGUGCAGACGCUUGAGGGAGGUACCGGCGUGCGUGCGCCACGUGGUGGUGCUCUUCACGGUGCCCAUCAUCUACCCAAAGGUGCCUGUGUCUGAGGGGGCCCUGGAGUUCCUGGGGAGGAUGAACCGAUUCCAGGCGGUGCACUACAUCCUCAAUAAGACUGGCAUCUUCGAGCGCAUCAUGGCCUUCGACGAGCCCGAGCCCUUGGACGACCUGGUGGACCACUGGACGGCCACCGCCCACACCAAGGAGCGCGCGCGCUGCGUGGAGAGCCUCCAGCGCAUCGCCAUCGAGCGGGGCGUGCGCGUGACAUUCCUCUCCGGCGACGUGCAUUGCGCGGCCGUGGGCCGAUUCUACUCCAACCCCAAGGUGCAGGACCUGUCCACGGACCCCAAUUUCAUGCCCCAGAUCAUUACCUCCGCCAUCGUCAACAACCCCCCGCCGGCCAUGCUGGUGCGCAUGUUCCAGUUUUUCAGCCAUUCGCGCGUGGGCACCAUCAACAGCCGGACCCGGGAAAAAAUGGUGCGAACAUUCAAGGCGGAGCACCACGCCCAGAACAAGAUUCUCGCCAGGCGCAACUGGCUGGAGGUGGAGGCCUAUCCCGGGGAGGCCGGCGCGCUGGCCUUCCGCCUGAGGGUUGAGGAGAACCCCAAGCGCAUGCGCGACCCGCCAAAAGUGUACACCGUAUGCGUGCCCAUGCUGUGUGGAUACGGACCCAACUUGCGGCCCGAUGACCGCAAGGGGUCAUCAUUCACCGGCGGUUCACCAUCCAGCGUGUCGCGAGAGCCCCACGAUAGGGUGCACACGCUGAGGAAACUCAUGAGCAGAUCAUUCGGCGGCGGCCAGACGUCGAGCGGGACCCCUUUGUCGGAUUUGAUCGUUGAAGGGGUGGGCAUCGCGAGGCGCCUGGCCCACCCGGAGCGGAUCCCCAUUCCGGAGCCGGCCGCCGAGGCUGGGCCCCCGGGGCCCAGCGGGCCGGCGCUGUCGCUGGUGAAGAAGAGCCCGAGACUGAGCAGGGACGGGGAAGGGUCCUGCGCCGGCGGUGACGUAAAAAGGGAAGAAAGUGGGCGGAAAGAGGCUGAAAACGAGCGGGAAAGGGAGGAGAAUGAGCAAAGAGGGGCCUCAGGGGACGGAAGGGGGGCAUGUGAGGAAGGGGAGGGGAGGGAUGCGGCUGGAGACGGUUGGAGACGGACGUCCACGGACGAUACGGAAUACGGUGGGUUUUUGGAGCAGGGUGGGGAGGUGGGGGUGGCUGGGGUGGGUCUGGAGGACAGUGGGCGUCUAGGGGCGCGGAGGCGCAGCGAUCAAGGGACUCCAAGGGUGGGGGACCAGGGGACCGGGCAGGACAGCCCGUGGAUAAGUGGGGAGGAGCCGGGGGAGGGAACAGGGCGGCCGCCGACAGUCUAA